AUGGCGCAAGCUUCAGAAGGAACGGCUGAAGCAGCGGCAGGAGCCACCGGAGGUGUGAGCCAUCUCCCGUGGCAGCAGGUCCCGAAGUUUACGCCAGGGGUGACAAGCGUGGACGAGUACUCUCAACGGCUUCGCUUUCUCAAAGAGUUGUGGCCAGCCGAGCAUCUGUCGUUGUUGGCUCCCCGGGCAGCCCUCUUGGUGGAGGGGGCCGCCUUCCAAAAGGUGAGCCGGAUCAAGCCCGAGCAGUUGCGAGGACCUGAUGGUGUGAAGUACCUUGUGGAGUCGCUGGGCGGGUCUUGGGGAAAGACCACAGUGGAGGAGCGAUACCACUUCUUUGAGCAGGCCAUCUUUCAGACGCAACAGAAGGCGGACGAGAGUAACGAUUCGUACAUUGCCAGACACGACGCUUUCUUUGAGGAACUCUUGAGCCGUGGGGUGACCCUUGAAGAGAUCCGCGCCUAUGUUCUUCUCCGUCAUUCCUUGUUGGCCCCGGAGGACAAGAAGCGUGUGAUCGUGGAAGCCAAGGGCGACUUGAAGUACCAAGAAACGGUCCGAGCAGUGCGGCUCUUGGGGUCCAAGUUCUUCACAGACUUUCAGAACCGUAGUGGCCCGGGAAAUGCCAAGGCAAUGGAUCGAAGCAAGGUCUACGACAUCCACAUGACGACAGACGACGACACCUUUGAGGAAGUGCACAUGGCGAUGGGACAGGACGAGGACCUCAGCGAUGAGCUCAUCCUGGCUCACUUCCUUGAGGCCAAUGACGAGGACGCCAUCUACAUCACGGAGUUUGAAGAUCAGAUAGUGGAGGCGGUGCAGGAGAGUGAGUUGGCCCCAGUCUUUGCCUCGUACCAAGAAGCUCGUCAAAAGCUGCGGGACAAAGCAAAGUCCAGGGGGUUCUGGCCCAUCAAGGGCAAGAUGAAGGGGAAGGGCCAGUCCGGGAAGAGAGGCAAGGGUUAUGGUUCCUGGGAUGGGGGCCGUCGACGUUCCCUUGCAGAUCGGAUCGCCAACUCCAACUGCAAACAAUGUGGGGCCAAAGGGCACUGGAAGCGGGAGUGCCCGAAGAACGACGCUAAGCCAGAGGCGACCUUGUUUGCCCAGAUCCAGCCGACCGAUCCCUUCCAAUCGGAGGUUCUCCAGACCCUGCCAGACUCCGAGCCCUUCAACAUCGAUGAGGACGACAGCGCAUGGACACAGAGAGGGGUUAGCACAGGGACAGGGAAUACUGGAGUAAUUCAGGACUUUGGGGAGACUUGCUUUAUGGUUGCGCCAAAGGCGCAAGGGCCGGCAACCGCGCCGAAGCAGGCAGUUUUGAAGAUAGCUUCUGAUGUCACCUUCCGUUUUGGAAACAGUGGGACACUCACGUCAAAAUUUGCGCUGCUGCUGCCCACCUCAGAAGACACAUGGGUCAGAGUUGAGGUGAUCCCCGGCCUAUCCAUAGUCAAUCUGUCAGAUCUCCUUCACGUCGGGGACAGGAACCACAGAACACAACACGGCAGCCUGAGCUCAAGCAGACAGCACGAAUCUUCGAAUAUCCUUCUCCUUCGCCGAGCGGCUUCCAACCGAGCGAUGCCCACCUCAGUCAAGCAGUCCGUGAAGAAGCUCCAAGAGAAGAUGCCCGAGGUCAAUCUGGACGAACCUCUCUCCGCGGAGGAGGAUGUGCACUUGGCCGAGGAACAGCUGACCAUGGUAAAGUACUUGGAGGUGGAAGUUGUCCGCCCACCGGGGAUUGCGAAUCUUCGGGAAUGGGGCCAAGUGGUGAUCGCGGCUGGCAAGCACAAAGGAAAGAGUCACGAGAAAACGUUCGAGACCGACCUGUCCUACUCGAUCCUCAUGGCUCGGAAGUCUUCUCUCAGCAGCCCAUGGGCACUGUCGUUCAAGAACUAUGCCCUGAUGCGACUGAAGCAGAUGGCCAAGACGGAGCAGGCGAGGUCCACGACCAAGGCGGAGGCAAAGAACAUCAAGUCCCAGGGUCCAGCCGUCAUGGACGGAGAGGAGAGCGAUGGGUGGAAGCUCUGCUCGCCGGAUGCCACAUCCCACACAGCUGCACCGAGCCGGGGCAGCAAGAGGAACAGUCAGCCGGGGGCAAGCUCGCAGAUGCUCAUUGCCAUGUCGCCGGAGGAGAUCAUGACGCGCCGGGCCGUGCUCGAAAGAGAGCUGACGAGGCUUCGGGAGAUCGAAGAUGCCGACAAGGACAGUUUCUUCUUGACCUUUAUCGAUACCAAACAGAACGAGGUUCAACAGGGCACUUUGCGAAUGAUUCAUGAGCUGGAAGUGGGAGACACCCCGCCAGGAAACAACCAUCUCCGCAAAGCCACCACACUGUACACCACGUCCAGACGACUGCAGCAAAGUGUCGACACUCGCUUUCAGACAGCGGGUCCAGAUCCCAGUGGGCGAAGCAACCGCAUGUUCCCACGAGAGAGGCGUCUUGCCAAACGGGUAGCCAUGCACCUAGGCACCAACCGGAUACAGCCACCUUGUGUGGAGGGAAUGCCGCGGGACAUGCCUUUACGUCAGACGGUUGUGGUAAAAAGGGUUGGUGGUGAAAUAGCUAUGGAUGGUGAGAUAGAGGAUUGGCACGGGCCGGGGUACUUCGCUUUAGGGGAGUCCGAGAAGAGGGAGUUAGUUAGGCUCCAUAACAAUUUGGGUCAUCCAUGCACUGAGACGUUUGUCAGAUUCCUGCAAGAACGAAAAGCCGAGCCGGCGCUCAUCCAGGGUGCUCGCGACUACUCUUGCAGUACGUGCUUGGAAACGGUUCCCACCCAAAAGUUAGCUAGGCCGGCGACAAUUCACACGCAUCGAGAUUUUAACGACACAAUAGGUAUGGAUGUUGCGUACUGGACCAAUAGCGGGGGGAAGAAGUUUCUGUUUACGCACAUUGUCGAUGAGGGCACACUGUUUCAACAAGCCAGUGGAGUAGGUAGGACGCCAGAAGAACAAUGGGAGUUCCUAUCGGAUCAUUGGUUUCAGUGGGCAGGGCCUUGUCAAACUUUGUAUGUAGAUCCAGCAGGGGAGUACAACAGUGAUUACUGGCGUCUAAAGCUGCAAACUGUAGGUGUGUGCACCAAUGUUUCUGCGGGAGAGGCUCAUUGGCAACUCGGUAGGACGGAAGCUCAUGGUAGGAUACUGAAGAGCAUGCUUUCUAAAAUGGACCAUGAAGAGCCCAUCCUGAACGACGAAGAUUUUCGUCGGUGUCUGAGAGCGGCAGUGCAGGCUAAGAACAGCUUGAGUAGGGUCCGGGGCUUCACACCUGAACAGGCAGUCCUGGGUAAACUUUCGCGGCUGCCAGCCUCUCUGAUUUCCGACAAUAGUGCCACGUGCCAUGCUUUAGCCGACAGUGAUCUGCCAGAAGGAGUCUCCUUCAGGAGGGACCUGCAGCGCCGUGAACAGGUAAUUUGUGGGGAUAGCAAGGUAGUGUGGGUGAGCCACUGUGGGCAAUUGAUCCGUGCAGCUCCUGAGCAGCUGCGAUCCGCGUCCUUGAGAGAAUGGCAAGGGGUGCUGGGAAAGACCAGUGCUGAGAGUUCACAAGGGGCAGUAGGUCAAGGGGUUGGAAGGGUGGUCGACCUUGCUGUUCUCGGAGGAACACCUAGCCGAGCAGAAGUGGAGAGCCAGGGAGAGGUUCCGCAGGAUGUUCCCGAACCAUUAGGACCCAUAGCCCCAGAAGGAGGAGCUGGGAUAGAAGCCGGGGGUACGGUUCCUGAAGUUCCUGAAGAAAAUGCGGAGGGAGAACAGCCAGAGAUGGAAGUCUCACCUGUGCCGUCGGUAGGUCUCGAGACAGAUAUGGUAGAUGCUUCGAACAUUCCUGUGCCUGAAGAUGACGAAGACGACCUCUUGUUGGGAGACAGUGAGUGUUUUUUCGCACAUCCCACACAGUCACAGGCAUGGGAAAUCAGUUUGCAUGAAACGGAGGUGCCUUUCGAAAACCUCCCGACGCCGCAGCAAGCUUUGCAUUUUGUAAUGUUAGCCACCGAGGCACGCAAGAAACGAGUUGAAGUAAGAUUGAGGGACUUGAACGAGGGUGAGAGGCAACAGUUCGUAGAAGCUAAGGGCAAGGAGAUUCGAGCCUGGCUUGACCACAGGACUGUACGUAAAGUAGCUGCGGGAACCCUUGAUGAUAGUCAACUCAUGCGUUGCCGCUGGCUUCUCACAUGGAAAGGUCCCGAGAAGGAUGGAGGGCCGAAACGGGCCAAAGCUAGGCUAGUGGUGCUUGGGUUUGAAGACCCAGACAUUGCUGAUAUCCCUAAUGACGCUCCUACUUUAGGUAAGGACGCCCGACAACUCAUCCUUCAGAAGGUGGCCAGUAACCGUUGGAAACUGAUCAACUUCGAUGUGUCCACUGCUUUUCUGCAGGGGGAGGGGGAUGGUAGAAAGCUAGGCAUAAGACCACCUGAAGAGUUAAGAAGAGCUCUCAACAUGCAGGCGCAGGAACAAUGCCAGCUCGAAGGCGGCGCUUACGGCAGAAUCGAUGCUCCGUUUUUGUGGUUUCAGACAUUUAAGAAGACACUUGAAGAGCUUGGUUUUGUGCAAAGCCCUUUCGAUGCCUGCGCUUUCAGCCUCGUUUCACAAAGGGCCGAUGGUAGUGCUCAGGUUCAUGGUGUUCUGGGAAUACACGUAGAUGACGGGAUUGGGGGAGGUGAUGAGUAUUUUCGGAGGGUCAUAGAUCGGUUGCGGGGUAUCUACAGCUUUGGGUCGUAUGAUGAGGGCGAGUUCACGUUCACCGGGAUUCGUUUUCGCCAAUGGGACGAUGGGAGCAUUGAAAUGGACCAAGAGAGGUACAUAGAGAAGAUCGUGCCCAUACAUGUGUCCCGAGAGCGUAGAGUGAAUCCCACCGCGAUGUUGAACCCUGAAGAACUUAAAGAGCUGAGACGCCUCAACGGUAGCCUCCAGUAUGCUGCAGUGCAUUCUCGACCCGACCUAGCUGCAAAGGUAGGCUACUUACAGACAAGGGUCAACAAGGGCCAGGUUCAGCAUCUUCUGGAAGCUAACCGUGUCCUUCAAGAGGCCAAAGCUCACCCAAUCUCUUUGAUGGUUGUGCCAAUUCAAGAACAGCAUGUUACGUUUUGCACCUUUUCGGAUGCUUCCUUCGCCACGUCGAAAGACCAUAACUCGUAUCAGGGUACGCUGGUGGUGGCAACAGACUGGCGAAUGCUAGCCAACCGCGAAGCUGUGAUCAUUCCUGUGGCCUGGUCCAGUUGUUCUGGGAAUGGUUCAAGAAUCCUGCUGUUGAUAUCGCACAUCCGGAAGAAGUCCUUUCCCACGCGCCUCAAGCUUCGUUAG